AAUUGGGGACAGAAGAUAGUCAAGAUGCUUUUCUGACAAUAAAGCGACUGUAUGAAAGUCUUCUCAAUGUGGCUAUUGCAGAUAAAGAAGCAAGCAGCAUGGGAGAGAGUUCUGCCACAAACAGCACAGAGACUCCACCAGCAGACUCCACACAACAGAUCACCUGUAAUGUGUCUAACAAAGAUAAAGAAGCAAGCAGCAUGGGAGAGAGUUCUGCCACAAACAGCACAGAGACAGAGACUUCACCAGAAGACUCCACAGCAGACCCAGCUUCAGAACUCACCCCUGAGUCUGACACUGUUUUACUUCCUCUUGCAUCUUCCUCCUUGGCUUCUCUUGUUUCCUUUACCACCCCGUCUCUUAUGUCUUUAUCCAUUGCUUCUCCAGUGUCCCCCCUGACUCAUCCUGCUUUUGUGUCCUCUCAGUCUAGUCCUAUAUCUUCUUCCUCUGCUUCUCCUCUGCCACCAGCCUCUAACCUUUCUACCCUUUCUAAACUAUCCACUGAGCAAGGCAGUUCAGGCCCAGUAGUUUCCUCACGGAAAAAAAAGACAAAUAAAGAGGAAAGCAGACCCUAAAGGUAUGUGUGGAUUUAUUGAUUUUAGGAUUUUGUGUUUGAU